AUGAACGCGAUGUCGAACAAAAGAUUCAUAGUGACCAGUGGAAAAGCGUACGAUGAAUUGAGGCGAAUUUUCGCUGAUCGGGUGAUGUGUAUCACGAAUGCGGGUGCACUGGGACCAAUUGAACAACUCAAAUGCGUGUUUACUAAACACAAAGCGACCUUUAGUGGUUUGGACAUCUUCUCACGUUGCUUGGAGUGCAAUGGAACAUCGUUUGUGAAAGUUCCGGGUAUUGUUAUUGAAGCCUUGUUUGACAACCACGUAACGUGCAAGAACGUCUUCCAUGACGAGUCUUUUGAUGCCGCCGCAUGGACUGAGCGAUUACGCGUUUUUGAUGAGGGUUACUGUGGUGAGAUAGGAUGCAGAGUUCUGCCGCCAGAGGAGGGACAUCUGGUCGUCGCAUGUCAUGGAGGAAUUAUAAAUAUAACGUACACUAACAUUGUGCAGCACGAUGCUCUCGAAGAAGGAGUCGACAUAAUCGUGAGAAAGGUUAGUUUAUACUCUCACACAUUUCAAUCCGGGUAA